AUGGCCUCUUUUCAGACCUCGAUCGCGAUGUUCGUCGCCCAUAUCAUUUUGUUACUUGGUCUUCCGGCCUCUCUCGUCGCAGCUGUCCCAGUGACAGUCCCGGUGACAGCCCCAGUGACCCCCGUCAACCAUGUCUUGGAUACUACUCAGAGAACCUCCGCUGCUUCAAGCUACUGGGUGGCCAACGUGAAGCGCCAGGGAACCGUUCCCUUCGCCAAGAGCUCCGACUAUAAGGUUUUCCGCAAUGUUAUGGACUAUGGUGCCACUGGUGAUGGUUCCACUGAUGACACCGCUGCUAUCAACAAGGCUAUCUCCUCUGGUGGCCGUUGCGGUAAGGGCUGUGAUUCGUCUACCACCACUCCCGCUAUCGUUUACUUCCCGCCUGGUACCUACGUUGUGUCCAAGCCUAUCCAGCAAUACUACUAUACUCAGAUUGUUGGUGAUGCUGCUGAGCUUCCCGUCAUCAAGGCCUCUGCCAAGUUCGCUGGCAUGGCGGUCAUCGACUCCGACCCUUACGAGGACGAUGGAUCUAACUGGUUCACAAACCAAAAUAACUUCUUCCGUGCCAUUCGCAACUUGGUCAUCGAUCUGACCGCCGUUCCCCAGGGUGCUGGUGCUGGUAUUCACUGGCAGGUCGGCCAGGCCACUUCUCUCCAGAACAUCCGUUUCGAGAUGGUGAAGGGUGGCGGUGAAGCCAACAAGCAGCAGGGUAUCUUCAUGGACAACGGUUCCGGUGGUUUCAUGUCCGACUUGACUUUCAACGGUGGUAAUUACGGAAUGUUCCUCGGCAACCAGCAGUUCACCACCCGUAACUUGACUUUCAACGACUGCCAGACCGGUAUCUUCAUGAACUGGAACUGGGCAUGGACCUUCAAGUCUGUCAACAUCAACAACUGUGAGGUUGGACUGAACAUGUCUACUUCUCCUUCCAACCAGACUGUCGGAUCUGUCCUUCUUCUUGACAGCAAGCUCACCAACACUCCCAUCGGUGUCGUCACUGCCUGGACCCAGAAGAGCAUCCCCGUUGGUGGUGGUGACCUCAUCCUGGACAACGUUGAUUUCUCUGGCUCCAAGACCGCUGUUGCCGGUGUUGAUGGUAACAGCAUCUUGGCUGGUGGCAGUGUCAUUGACAGCUGGGUGCAGGGUAACACCUACACUCCCUCCAAGACCAUCAACAAGCGCGCUACCCAGCCCGAGCCCGAGACCGAGGUUGUCACCGUCGUGGAGACUGUCAUGCAGACUGUCAAUGUUUGCCCCGCUACCCAGGGUGUCCCCAGCCCAAGCGGUUUGGCCAGUGGUUCGCCCGCCCCUGCCCGUGCUGCCUCCAGCGAUAGCGUUGCUGCGCCCUCUCCUAUCCCCGCUGCCAGUGGAAGCCGUGCCGUUCCUCUUCCCUCGUCAAGCGGCGAGUCCGACCGCACUGCUGGUCUCCCUGAUAUCCCUGGCUUGAACGGUGUCCUACUGACGAUGUCGCUGAGCCCACCCCCUGUGCCCGCGCCCUCUACCGAGGCUCCUGUUACCUCCGAGGCUCCAGUUGUUGUGCCUUCCAGCGCCGCAUCUGUCCAGCAGCCUUCUGUUCCUGUCACCUCCACAUCCGUUCCUGCCAAGUCCACUGGCUCAAGCACCACCAACGGAGCUGAGUCUGGUAGCGACAGCACUGGUGGUGGCUCAUGUGGUCCUCACAAGGCUGUCUCUUCUGCCCGCACACAGUCCAAGAUGAGCGCCUCCAGCAAGCCCAAGAGCCUCCUCGCCAAUGGUGCUAUCUUCGAACGCUCCAAGCCUCUCUACACCGAUGUUGAUGCCUCCGACUUUGUCAGUGUCAAGUCUGCUGGUGCCAAGGGUGACGGAACUACCGACGACACUGCCGCUAUCCAGAAGAUCUUCGACAGCUGGAAGGAAGGUCAGGUCAUCUACUUCGACCACGGUGCCUAUGUUAUCACCUCCACCAUCAAGAUCCCCAAGAACAUCCGCAUCACUGGUGAGAUCUGGCCCAUGCUCAUGGCCCACGGCCCCAAGUUCGCGGACCAGGAGAACCCUGUCCCUGUCUUCCAGGUCGGUCAGAAGGGCGAGACCGGUAAUGUCGAGAUGAGUGAUCUUAUCAUCACCACCAAGGGUGCUGCUGCCGGUGCCAUCCUCAUGGAAUGGAACUUGGCCGGUGCCUCCCAGGGUUCCGCCGGUAUGUGGGAUGUUCACUUCCGCAUUGGUGGUGCCGCUGGUACCGAGCUCCAGAGUGACACCUGCCCUAAGACACCCAAGGUCAAGACCACCCCUAAGAAGGAGUGCAUGGCUGCCUUCAUGCUCCUGCACAUCACCUCCAAGGGAAGUGCUUACCUUGAAAACACCUGGUUCUGGACUGCCGACCACGAGCUUGACCUUGAUGACCACAACCAGAUCAACGUCUACACCGGUCGUGGUGUCCUGAUCGAGUCCCAGAACCCUGUCUGGCUGUGGGGUACCUCCUCCGAGCACCACCAGCUCUACAACUACCAGGUCUCCAGCGCCAAGAACGUCUUCAUGGGUCUGAUCCAGUCCGAGACUCCUUACUACCAGUCCAACCCCUCAGCCCUGGUCCCCUACACACCCCAGGACUCCUGGAACGACCCCGACUUCGCCUACUGCAAGACCGCAUCUUGCCGCAAGGCCUGGGGUCUCCGUGUCCUCAAGUCCUCCGACGUCUACGUCUACGGCGCUGGUCUCUACAGUUUCUUCGAGAACUACGCCCAGUCAUGCCUCAACGAGGAGGAUUGCCAGGAGAACAUGGUCGAGGUCGACUGUUCCGACGUCAAGCUCUACGGUCUCAGCACCAAGGCUUCCGUCAACAUGGUCACUUCUUCCUCAGGCAAGGGUCUCGUUCUCGAGAAGCCUAACAAGAGUAACUUCUGCUCCACCAUCGCUCUCUUCGAGCAGUCUUAG